UCCUUUUCCAGAAUAUAAAUCUACCUCCGCAUCACAUCAUUUCUCUCUCUCUCUCUCCGAAAAAUCUCUCAUUUGCUACUUUCUCUCUCGUCCAUUCACGGGGCAUCAACCAGUUAAAGGCUUUGUUCAGUAAAACUCGAAAAUGAACAAAUUUGCAUAUAGUCAAAAUGCCUUGGUGGGUUUUGUCGGUGUUGGAGAGAUGACUAACGGCGUUUAUAGAUCAAACGGCGUCGUUUGUCCCAAGCCUCGUAGGGGUGGGCUAUUCAAUUGUGCACCUUUUCCGUUGGGACAAAUUAACAAUCAAGAAAUGGAGGGUUGCGAUUUGAAAGCAGGAACUGAGCUUCUCGAUAUCAUUCUCACCAAGGGGAGAUAUGAUGUUGAGAAUUCCGAUUUGCAGUUGGCUUCAUCUCCACCAUUUUUUUGUGGAUCUCCGCCUAACCGGACUUCAAAUCCCCUGACUCAAGACGCCCAUUUUGGUGACGACAAUUUUGUACUUGUGCCACCAAUUCAAGAAUCAGCAGUACCAGCACCUUCACCACCACCACCCUUCUCCUCCUCCAGUCGUAUGACCGGAGGUGGCUGCGUUCGAGUGAAGUUCGGGAACAAUUCAGCUCCUGUGAGGAUUGAAGGGUUUAAUUGUCGUGGUAGCUGCAGCAUCUCCGCUGUUGCUUAGGUAUACAUAUAACAUUCACUUACUCAGACAUGACGGAAAAGAGCAGAAAAUUGUGUGGAGAGAAACCAAAACCAAUUCGUUUAGCUUUGUGUAUAUAUUGAGUGAAAGAAAGAAAGAAGGUACUCCUCUUUUGCUGAUGAGUUUUGUUCUGCAAUCAUUCAGAUACCUGUAAUCUGUAUAUUGUAAUGAGGUGAUGAAUGAGUGUCAAAUUGAGAAUAGGAAAGCAAUAACUUGAGCUCUAAGAGGGAGAAAGGCUAAAGAUUGUCAUCUUUUCUCUGGGAGUAUUAGGAUUCUUUACUAUAAUUAGGGCAAUGUAUGAGUUGGGAGUAUUUAUUUAGUGUAGUGUGAAGACUCAAGAGACACUUAUUUAGAAGAGAUGGUCUUCUUAGAAAUUCUUUUUAUCUUGUAUUCUACUAGUGAUAUUUUUUCAUUUUCAGUAAGCUACUGUAUUGUUAAUACUUUAGCUCUUUAGAUGGAAAGAGUAUCUUGUCAACCUUUGAUGAUGAGUCAUGUAACUAUUUAAGGAAUUACAUUAUAUUACAGUUAUCAUAUAAAUAUUUUUAUAUUUUCA